AUGGGUUUGCUCGAGUGCUGUGCCAGAUGUCUUAUUGGGGCACCUUUUGCUUCGCUGGUUGCCACUGGCUUGUGCUUCUUUGGAGUAGCGCUGUUUUGUGGCUGUGGGCACGAAGCCCUCACAGGCACUGAGCAGCUCAUUGAGACCUACUUCUCCAAAAACUACCAGGACUAUGAGUAUCUCAUUGACGUCAUCCACGCUUUUCAGUACGUCAUCUAUGGCACGGCCUCCUUCUUCUUCCUCUACGGAGCCCUGCUGCUGGCUGGCGCCGUCCGGCAAAUCUUCGGGGACUACCGGACCACCAUCUGUGGCAAGGGCCUCAGCGCAACGUUUGUGGGCAUUACCUAUGUCCUGACCAUCAUCUGGCUCCUGGUCUUUGCCUGCUCCGCGGUGCCUGUCUACAUAUACUUUAACACUUGGACCACCUGCCAGUCCAUCGCCAACCCCAGCAAGACCUCAGCCAGCAUUGGCACCCUGUGUGUGGAUGCCAGGAUGUACGGUGUCCUGCCCUGGAAUGCUUUCCCUGGAAAGGUGUGCGGCUCCAACCUGCUCUCCAUCUGCAAGACCAGCGAGUUCCAGAUGACUUUUCACCUCUUCAUCGCGGCCUUCGUGGGGGCGGCUGCCACACUAGUCUCACUGCUCACCUUCAUCAUCGCCGCCACCUACAACUUUGCCGUCCUCAAGCUGAUGGGCCGAGGCACCAAGUUCUAGCCCGUGUGGUAGAGCCCAGCCAGACCCAAUGCCCUUCUUUUCUCUAACCCCAAGGCUUUAACACUGCAGCCACCCGACACCAGGUCUCCUGCGUUAACUGCCUUCGCUGCUGACUCUCCUCCUCUUCUUCCCUCACAUCCAUUGUGCUGAGCAUGACCAGGAAGGAGAGCUUCCCACCAAUGGACACCUCUUCAUGCACUUUUCUCUCUCUGCUCAUCCAUAACUGGCUCACUGUAGGGCCAAGUCCAUCAAAACCAGCCAGAGAAGAGGAGGGACUUACUCCAGUGUCCCAAUGUUGCCUAGGGAUGAGCAAAGGCCUUCAUGCUCCAGGGAGGAGAAAAAUCCGUGUAGGUUGCUCCAUGAGUAGCAAGAGUCUACCUAGAGAGAAAAGGAAGUUGGCCCACUCCUCGUACCAUUGCUAGAGACUCUCCUGGAGCUGUCUGCUGUCACCACCCAUGGAUGGAGUAUAAGAGAAGGAUUUUUUUUUCCCUUAGUAAAGAAAGAUG